AUGAAAGGAAUCUCUACAUAUGCUUCUUCCAAGCAUGCUCUCUAUGCCCUUCACUUUUUUCCUUAUCCAUGUGAUGUAUAUGCAAAGAAUAAAGUGGGUGCACGAGGAAGAGACGGCAAAAUCAUUCGAAUUACACGGGACACUGAUACUUCUACAUCGACUCCGAUGAAUCCCCCAGAGAGGAUUCGACCGACAGCUUCAAGGAGAAGAAGACGUAUGAUUAUUGAAGACGAUGAUGAGGGACAUAAUGAUCAGGGGGAGUCUUCUACAGUGCAUGAGGAACAUGUGGAGGAGGUUGCACCUGCUCAUGAGGGAGAGCAUAUGGAGGAGGAACAUGAUGGAGCUGAGGGACCUGGUGAGCUCACACGGUAUCCUGGAGGACCUUAUGAUUUGUCUGUCCUUACACGAUACCGUUAUCAUGUUUCAGCUAGACUAUGGUUUGGCGAGGAGCGACCAUUGCUGAAAAUUGUUGCGCAUGGGAAGAAAAUGCAACAAUUUACUCCGCCGGUACUUCCGCGACCCAUAGAGAAUUGGGUGAAUUUGUCUGGUCUGAACCCAUUACAACGGGGUAGUUUGAAGAUGAUCGACAACAACUUGAUAUCUGCCUUUGUUGAAAGAUGGCAUUCUGAGACAUCGUCAUUUCACAUGCCAUUUGGUGAAAUGACGAUUACUUUGGAUGAUGUUGCCAAUCUUCUCGGAUUGCCUAUUAGGGGUGAGUUCUACAGUCCACCCGAUGUAGAUAGAGUAACGGCAUGUAAUCUUGUCGUCCAUCUAUUAGGAGUGACCACGGAAGAGAUCUGGGAGGAGACCAGAAAGACUAGAGGUGCACACUAUAGAUUGGAUUGGUUGAAGGAGGUGUUCAGAAGGCAGUGUGCAGACUUGAAGCUUCACCUCUUAACUUUGUCACCACUAGCAUUAGACUUCUCAAGUAUAUCCCAAGUCUGCUUCGCUGUUGUGACAUUAAAAAUCUUGUCAAGAUUGGCUUCAUCAACACUUUGA